AUGUCAGGCAAUGAAAGCACGUCGGGGUUGCAAGCCGCACUCGAUGACUUGCAGGCGAUCACACACAAUCGCGUCUUUCCAUUGCUUUUGGAGACGUUCCUGAUGGCCUUGUUCACGACGCUCAUUGCCUAUUUUGCCAUUCAACAAUUCUCGCACCGGUCUACGCCCCUCAAGACUAGGCUUUCGGCACCUGGUGUUGCUUUUGGUCUCUAUGCAUUCGCAGCAGUGUAUUGGGCUCUCGAUAUACGCAUCUUAUGGCUUGAGCUCUUCCGGAUGCUUCCACUGGAACUGGACCCUACGCUUGACCUUGACAUCCGCGAAGCUCUCUAUGCCAAUCAUGGCGUGUUAUCUUUCGCGCAGAAUAUACUAUGCCUGUGCAUUUUCACUCUCAACGACAUCGUGGCGCUUUGGAGAUCCUACGUCAUCUUCGGUCGACCUCGCUGGUUGCUUUGCACCUCUAUGUUAAUCAUAGUCAUCGAGCUCGUUCUCUAUAUCCUAAAUGUCGUAUCGGAAGUGAACUACCUUCCCAACGUACCUCGAUCGACACUUGCUCUUGCAAGUUCGUUGCGCGUAGGGGUUGGGCCCGCCGCCUAUGCAUGCACGGCUGCCAGUCAGGUGUUUGCCUCACUCUUGAUCGUGCGUCGGAUCUGGGUAUCUUGGGAUAACUUCAAGGACUUACUGGUUCCCCGAAGCUCCCAAACGAGCGCAUCGGAGCUCUGCAUUCUAGUGGCAGAGUCAGGUUUGAUAUACGCCAUCCUUUGGAUGUGGGCCGCGAUAUCCAUUUCGGGGAUCCGUGGUCUGCUGCCUGCGGCAUACUGGUCCAAUUACUAUAUGGUUCCCAUUGCCGCAAUUCACCCGACUGCUAUCGUUGUGAUUGUGUCGUUGAGAUUGUCAGUGCUGGACCACAGUCUCGACAUUAAGUCGUCGGGGGCGCUCAGCACGGUGCUGUUUGUCGGCCCCACCACUGUGAACUCUGCAUCGACGGAGAUGCGAUCCACCUAUCAUACGUCCCCCGACGUGCAGCGUCGACUCUCUGAUAUGUCCAUCGAGCUUGAUUCACGGGGUUUGGAGCAUAUACGCGGCGACGAGAAAAAUCAGGCGCAACUCUGA